ACCUCUGUGCCUGUGGAUGUGAUGCCUGGUGAGUUUGACCCCACCAACUACACGCUGCCCCAGCAGCCACUGCAUCACUGCAUGCUGCCCCUCGCCAGUGCCUACUCCACGCUCCGCCUGGUCACCAACCCCUACCAGGCCGACGUGGACGGCGUCAGGUUUUUGGGGACGUCAGGGCAAAAUGUCAGUGACAUCUUUAAAUACAGCAGCAUGGACGACUACCUGGAGAUCCUGGAGUGGACGCUGCUGGCGGGACACAUCAGCCCCACAGCCCCGGACACACUGGGCUGCUACCCCUUUUACAAAUCAGACCCAUUCGUCCUCACCGACUGCCCUCACGUCUACUUCUGCGGCAACGCUCCCCGCUUCCAGUCCAAGCUGAUCCAAGGGCAGGAUGGGCAGCAGGUCCUGCUGGUGACGGUGCCGGCCUUCAGCGCCACACAGACCGCCUGCCUCAUCAACCUGCGGGACCUCAGCUGCCAGCCCAUCAGCUUCUCUGGCUUCGGGGCCGAGGACGAUGACGGGGACAUGGAGGUCGGGCACUGACUGAGCAGGCAGGGUGCAGAGUUGAUAAACCCCCCUGGCCCCUCGGAGCGUUUUGGCACCCACCCACCACCUUUGUGUAAUUCCUGGUCAUCCUCGUGGGAGGGCUGGCAUGGAGCUGCCAGGGGGCAGGGGAAAGAAGAGAUGCUUGUACCAAUAUAACUCGAUUUAUUUGUGUAACAAAAAA